AUGGAUUAAAGUUCUAAAAAGAGUUUUUUAGGUAGCAUCCAUAGCUUGAAAAACAUAAUUAAGUAUAUUGAUGAGAUUUAAUCAAAUCCUUUAGCUCAAUAGAGCAGAAGAUUCUUACUUUUCAAAUUUAUUCCUUAGUUAGUGUUUUUAAUCAUAGUAGUUGUUUUAUAUUCGAUAUUAGAAUAUCUUGGUCCCAUCACUUUAGAUUUGCUAACAAAGUAGUAUUACAAAGCGCAGACAUAGGACUUUACUUAAAAUGAUAAACUAUUACAACUUAUUUAGUAUUUAUUAGUUUAGACUAUUGGACCAUAAGCGGGAAUCGUAAACCUAAUAAUUGUUUUAUCGAUUCUACUUGUAGGCGUCAAUGUAUGUAGAGAUUAUGUUUAUGUUUUCAAAGAAAGAAUGGGUAAAAAACUUAGAAUCGAAACAAAUGUCUUCCUGUAAAAUAUCAUUUACAAAAAAUCUAUGAAACUCUACACCAAUCUCUCAAGUAUUUAAAAUGUGCCUGAAUAAAAAGUGCUUACUUUUCAUAAUAUGCUCCAUGUACUCGAAAGAAUCGACUGUGCGAUAGAUGAAUUACUUUACAUUUUACAAGUCACUGUUGAACUUUUCAUCGGCUUUUACUACCUUUAUUAGAUGGUUUAAGAAGUUGCUAUCUACUCUCUAUUUUCUGCUGUCUUAGUUAGUCUAUUAGCUAUUCUAUCAGCUGGAGUCAUAUAAGUUUUUGUCUUCAAACUUAGGGUCUAUGAAGAUUAGAGACUCAAACUCAUCGAAGAUAUCAUUAAUGGGUUUAAGCAAAUCAAAUAUUUAGGUUGGGAAUCUUUUUUUGAAAAGAAAGUUUAAAACAUAAGGAAUCUUGAAUUCAAACAAGUUUAAGGUAUUGAGUAUGGAGACACAUUCAUUAAUUUCUUUAGGAGAAUAACCUAAUCUGUUUUACUCUUUGUUACUUUACAAAAUAUUAAAAAAUUAGGAUCAAUAAAUAUUUUCACUUCCCUUGUUUUGUUCGAUAAAUUUGUAAGUCCUCUUAAUGGACUUCCAUGGGCUAUUGGCACUUUGUUGGGAAGUAUAUUUUAAUUGAAAAGACUCAAAGACUACAUGGAUUAGAUAGAGAUAGAAGAAGAGAGUAAAGUUUAUUUAACAAUAAAGGAAAAUAACUCAUAAAAUGCUAUUGAGUGCAAGAUUAAUAAAGCAUUUUGGCCUUAUUAAAACUAUUACUUCUCAUACAAAGUAUUUAAGAAUUAUUUUAAAAUCUCUGAAGACAAACUACCUUUGGCAUUAAAAAAUGUCGAUGUGUCUUUUAAAAAAGGGAGCUUAGUUAUGAUAAUAGGAAAAGUAGGAGCAGGUAAAACUGCAUUUUUUGAUUUAAUCCUUAAUGAAUUAGCUAUUGAUAAGGAAGAAGUUUCAGCUAAACAGAAUGCAAUUAAAAUUAAUGGAUCUAUAGCUUAUGCAUGCUAGAAUACAUGGCUCCAAAAUGAAACCAUUAGAGAAAACAUCCUUUUUGGAAAAGAAUUUAACUAAGAAAAUUACGAAAAAUGCAUGCAAUUAUCUUAGCUAGAAAAAGACAUCAACUAAAUACCUGAAAAAGAUCUUUACAGAGUUGGAUUUAAUGGGGGCAAGUUGAGUGGAGGUUAGAAGCAAAGACUGGCUUUAUGCAGAGCGCUAUACAGCAACAGCGAUAUUUACUUGUUUGAUGAUAUUUUGUCAUCAGUAGAUGAAAACGUAGCUUAAAAUAUUUUUGAUAAGGCAAUUAGAGCUUACCUUAUUGAGGAAUAAAAGAAGACAGUGAUUAUUUCGCUAAAUUAAUACAGUUACCUACCCUUUGCUGACGAAAUUUAUGAAAUAAGAGACAAAAGUCUUUAUAAUGUUACUCACAAUUACUCAAAAAGUGAUGAAGUUAAGCAAAAACAAGACGACAACACAUCAAGUUAAGCUGAAGAGUAAAGUUUGCUAGAGUAAGAAGAAAAGGAGAAGGAAAAGAAAAAAAAAGAAAAGGAGCAAAUCCAAAUCAUGAACUCUAAAAAUUGGCUAUUUUACUUUAAGAAAAUGGGUUUCGAUGUUCUUUUAAUAUUUUUAAUUUCCACCAUAUUGCAUUAAGGCUGCCAAGGUCUUUUUGAGUACUGGUCCCAUACUUUCAUCUAAUCACUUGUUAAUGAAAUUUAGAAACCCCUAUUCAUCAUAGGCGAUUUUAAGCAGACUCUUGGAUUAAUUUUUAUUGUUUUAAGCGUUUUAAAUAUCAUCAGAAGCUUUAUGUAUAACUACGCAGAGCUUACAUCUUCAAAUGCAAUCUUUAAAGAUUUGCUCAAAAGCACCAUGUUUUCCAAAAUGAAGUUCUUAGACAGCAAGCAAGGCAUUGGGUUUAUAGUCGAUAGACUCUUUAGAGACGUAGAAUUCCUUGAUUGUCUACCCGUUAAUUAUUUCUUUAUUGUUUUCUUCAAUGCAGCUCAGAUCAUAUUCAUACUUCUCUCUGAAUUUAAGCUGAUGGCAUUCAUCGUUUUCAUAUCUGUAAUUUUGUUGAAGCAAAUAAUAGAUUUUGAAUAGAGAAGACAAAAAGAAUUCACCAAGAUUCUAAAAUAGAAUAUUGCAAAGCCUGUUAAUGACAGGACUACAUUUAUUAUAGAAACAUUCAAUGGAUUAAAGACAAUAAGAGCCUUUGCAAAGCAGGAUUUUAUAAAGAAAAACUUUUUAGCAAUUCAGAAAUACAAAUAUGCGAGAGACAGAACUCUGAAUUAAGCAAAUAUACUACCAUAUUAUCUUAGUAAGGCUGUAGAUUAUUUAGGGAUAUCUAUUGUUUGUAUUACUGCAAUUUACUAAAUUACUAAUGACAUCAAAUCAUUUGAACCUGCAAGCAUAUGUAUGGCUCUAGCCUACAGUUAUAGAAUGAUGGGAUCUAUACAAAGUAGUUUAAGAGCAACUCAAUAAAUAGAAAAAACUGAAAAAGUUAUUUAAAGAGUUAGAGAAUUUUGUGAAGAGAAAAACGAAUGUGACGAAAUUAAAGAAGUAAAAUAAGAAUAAUCCGUUUAAAAAGUUAAAGAUGAAGGAGAAAACAAUGUAAUCGAAUUUGAAAAUGUGUAUCUUUCAUAUCUGGAUAACACUCAAUAUGCACUCAAUAAUGUUUCAUUCAAGAUCAAAAAAGGAUAAAAAGUAGCCUUUUGUGGAAGAACUGGAUCAGGAAAGACUUCAAUAAUUAACUGCAUUGUGCGACUUUAUGAAAUCACAAAAGGAAAUAUUUUCCUUAAAAAUAAAAAUCUAACUGACUUGAUGAUAAAGGAUGCAAGAAAAUCAUUUAGUAUAAUACCAUAGAACGGAUUCUUAUUUGAGGGAAAGCUGAGAGAAAAUAUUGAUCCUCUCAGCAUCUUCAGUGAUGAACAAAUUAAAGAUUUUAUAAAUGAUCUAAAUUUGUCAAUAGACAGAAUUUAAUAAGCCUAAAAAGGAAGCAGCUAUCUAGAUUUCUAAAUAGAAAAGGCAGGAAAAAACCUUUCUAAUGGAGAAAAAUAAAUAGUAAAUUUCUUACAAUCAAUCAUUCAACAGAAAGAAAUUGUUAUUUUAGAUGAGGCUACCUCUAACAUGGAUCCGUAAACUGAUAAAAAAAUAAUUGAUCUUUUACUUAAUAAAAUUGUUAAAGACAAAACCUUAAUUCUAAUCUCUCAUCGUCUUGAAAACCUUAAAGACUUUGAUGUAAUUUAUGUAAUGAGCAACGGCUCAAUUGUUGAGUCUGGCACCUAUCAAGAAUUGAUCAAUAACCCCAACUCUCAUUUUUCAUCUGUUUUAAAGUCAAAUUAUUGA